AUGCUCAUAGAAUUAACUAUCAGACUAAAUGUUGAGAGUACCAGUUGUGAGCUGAAGUGCUGUCCCUACAUGCCUGCAGCCUUCAGCCAAGGGCGUGUGGAGUGCACGGGGAGCGAGGCCGUAUGCGGGGAGGGGGGGUUUGCUGUGCUGACAACUGCUGAAUUGCUGUUGUUGCCGUUCAUAAGUUAUGAGCCGGUGCUGCUCGCUGGCCUGUUUGCUGUGGCAGUAUCCUGUGCUGAUUUGCAGAUUUCCGGAUAG